CAAAAAUAGUAAGCAACAAAAUGACGAAUGUUAACAAACAGUUUUUAAACGAAUUUAUUGAGGUAAACAAAAGCUUACCAUGUUUAUGGAAAAUAAAGAGUAAAGAAUACAGUGACAUAAAUAAAAAGUCCGCAGCCUAUGAUGUGUUGGUCGAAAAACUCAAAGAAGUUGAUACGGGAGCAAAUAGGGAAAGAAUUAAAAAAAGUAUUGAAAAGCAAAUUAAGUGGGGCCCGUACAGAAGAUAUUUAUACUCCAAACCUGUGAGCCCACUUAACGUCCUAAGUCCUGAAGUGCAUAAUCCCGGAGUGUUUAACAUCGAACUAACAGAAGAUUCCGAAAUUUUAUCCCGCCCUACUAGUUCGGUCAGUUUCACUCCAACUACCUCAAAAAAGAAGAAAAGUCCAGAAGACUCAACUGGCAUAUUAAUAUCAAGAGCCUGUACACAAUUAGAAAAGAAGGAAGACCAAUUUGAUACUAUAGGCAAAAAUAUAGCCUCAAAACUAAGAAACUUGCCACAUGAGCAACGAAUAUAUGCUGAAAAGAUCAUUAAUGAUGUGUUGUUCGAAGCAGAACUAGGAUGCUUAAACCGAAAUUAUAAGUUGGUGCAAGAGCCUGCAGCUACAAAUUCCAACUGUAUGGAAGCCUCUCGUCAACUGAUGCCUAUACAAUCUACUCAAGAACUUACUUUCUGUGCAACAACAACAACAAGAUUCGAUCUGCAGUUGUACGUCAUUAACAUCAUCUAA